CGGCGGCGGUUCGCUCCCCGCGGGGGGUGAGGGCGGUUCGCGCCGAGGCGCUUCGGGCCCGAUGUCCUUUGCUUCGUAGAUGUAAUGCACUUUAAGUUUGUUACUGAACAGUGAAAAUGAGUCUUACAGAGGUUAAAUUAAAAAUACCUUUUGGAAAUAAAUUACUAGAUGCGGUUUGUUUGGUGCCCAACAAGAGCCUGACAUACGGAAUUAUUCUUACACAUGGAGCUUCAGGAGAUAUGAAUCUCCCUCAUUUGAUGUCACUGGCGUCCCAUCUUGCCUCUCAUGGCUUCUUUUGCCUGAGAUUUACCUGUAAAGGCCUUAACAUUGUACAUAGAAUUAAGGCAUAUAAAUCAGUUUUGAAUUACCUAAAGACCUCAGCAGAAUACAAACUUGCAGGUGUUUUCCUUGGAGGUCGCUCCAUGGGCUCAAGGGCAGCUGCUUCUGUAAUGUGCCACAUUGAGCCAGAUGAUGCUGACGAUUUCGUUCGAGGUCUCAUUUGUAUUUCCUACCCCCUGCACCGUCCGAAGCAGCAGCAUAAACUUCGAGACGAAGACCUCUUUCGCAUAAAAGAACCCGUACUGUUUGUGUCGGGUUCAGCAGAUGAGAUGUGUGAGAAGAACUUGUUGGAGAAAGUGGCACAGAAGAUGCAAGCUCCUAAUAAAAUCCACUGGAUUGAGAAGGCAAAUCAUUCCAUGGCAGUAAAAGGACGGUCAACAAAUGAUGUUUUCAGAGAAAUCAACACACAGAUUUUGUUUUGGAUCCAGAAAAUCACUGAAAUGGACAAGAAAUAAUUGUCUUUAGUUAGGAGCCCUUGUUAUUUUGAAUACAAAUACAGUUCAUUUGAUUUUUAAAAAAAACAUACCUCUCAGCAUUAUGAGAUAUAUUUCAGACUAAUUUAAUGUUCUUUGAUGUUCCCCCUAUUUUUUCGAAACAUGUUUUGUGAAUUAAAGUUCUUUACAAGAUGUCUUUGGAGAGCACUGUUAUAUAAAGAUGAUGUACAAAUAGCGAAGGUGGUCUAAAUAUAAUUUAUUUUCAUUAAUAUAGUUACGUUUUGAGAAAAAUAUUAAACAUUUGAAUUUGUUA